CUUGCUUACUAAGGAAACUAUCUUUCUUCUCAUUGUAUAAAUUAAUAAAUAGCAUUAUAUAUUUUUCUGUCUUGAACAAAGUCUUAUAUUUGAAUGGUGGUGAAGAUGGUGAAAAUUAAAAAGUUUCAUGUGAAAAUUAGGACGUUGAAGCUAGAAUUAGGAGUUGAUGAUAAUAUUGAAGCAUUUGAUGGGGUGAAGAUGAUGGCAAUUAAGAUGAAAUGGAAAGGUGAACCAAAGUUUGGAUUAGUUCCAUUUCAUUAUAAGCAAAAGAAAGAUGUUACAAGUCGGAGAAUAUUGAAGAAAUUAGGGCAAGCUAAUAAUUCCAUUGAAUGGAAUAAUGAUGGAGAUGAGUUUGAGAAUGUUUGUUGUUUUACAGAGGUUUCUGGUUGUUAUCAAAGUCUAAAGUAUUCGCCUUGGGAUGUCUCAUUUAAUGUUUUAUACUCAAAUAAUUUGGAGGCAAAAAUGGUGUUGAUUGGAAAAAUGGUGGUUAAUGUAGCAGAAAUGGCUUCAAAAAUGGUGUCUGAAAUUGAAGAGAAACUUCCCAUUACUUUGAAUAUUGGUAAACUUUCUAUAUCAGCCACUCUCCAUGUCAAAGUAAAAUUUGCUGAGAUAAGAGAUGUUCAAGACACGGCGGGUUGUGCCCGUGACUCAAGUCAGCUGCAAAGUUUAGCUAAGAGUAAAAGUCUAUGUGACAGAAAAGGACACAAAGAGAACCAGCUGAGUCAAGAAGAUGACUCGGACGAGUCAUCCACAUUUGAAGCAGUGGAACCGAAGGCGAUUGAGUCGGGAUCGAUACCGAGUUUAGAAACUCAGCCUGACUCAGUUAACAAAGUUGGGUGGUUCUCUUGGAAGAGAAGGCGAUUGAGUCUGAGACCAACGAGGAGUAAAGCAGAACCGUCGAUUAAAAAGAGUCGUAGCUUUAGUGUUGUGUCACGAUUCAGCCAACAGAAUGUGGGGAAGCCUGAACCUUCUACUGAAUCAAAGGACAAAAAUGAAGGCAGCAGCAAGAAAUCUGCUUGGGAAGUGAAAGAGCUACAGAGUAGGGAUGGACAAACAAGGCUCAAAACCAAUGUCUUCUUUGCAUCUUUCGACCAGUGUAGCGACAAGGCUGCUGGUGAGAGCGCCUGCACAGCACUAGUCGCUGUCAUCUCCCAUUGGCUGCAGUCGAAUAGAGAUGCAAUGCCCACGAGGUCUGAAUUCGAUAAUCUCAUACUACAGGGUUCUUCAGAAUGGAGAAAGCUAUGUCAAAACGAUACUUACAUCAAUGAUUUCCCAAACAAGCACUUUGAUUUAGAGACUAUUUUGCGUGCUGGUAUUCGACCUAUAGCCAUAUCGCAUGAUCAAUCCUUCGUUGGAUUCUUCAGCCCUGAGAAGUUUGAAUCAUUGCAAGGAGUAAUGUCAUUUGAUCAAAUAUGGGACAAGAUUAGUAGCAUUGCAGAAGACACUGCAUUUGAACCUAGAGUAUAUAUUAUAAGUUGGAACGAUCAUUUCUUCGUGUUGAAGGUGGAAGCUAGCGCUUAUUACAUUAUUGAUACAUUGGGAGAAAGGCUAUUUGAGGGUUGCAACAAAGCAUACGUUUUAAAGUUUGACGAUAGUACAAUGAUGUAUGAGAAGGUUAACGCGGAGGAGAAGUCACAGAAAAAUGGUACUAAGGCUAAGGAAGCUGGCAAGGAGGAGAUGAUAUGCAAUGGGAAAGAAUGCUGCAGAGAAUUCAUCAAGAGAUUUCUCGCGGCUAUCCCUCUGAAGGAACUCGAGGAACAAGAGGAAAAGGAGACAGUUUCUUAUUUCUCUCUACAUCAUCGGUUGCAGAUAGAGUUCAAUUCGAGUUACUUGCUGUCUUCUUCUUCGUCGUCUUUGACAUCAUCCCCUUUCUCUUCUUCUGCUACUUCUACACCUUCCUAUUUGUAAGAUGUACAUUGAAUUUGCCAGGUGUGUAUCAGAGUACUGCUAAUGUGAAUGCAUUGUCAUAUAUCAAGCACAAUUAGAUUACCUGA